AUGAGGCUGCCGUUUCACCUUUUUCCCAUUGCCAUUGCUCUCUGUCUCUCAUUCUCACUUACACACACCUCAGCCCGCUUCUUCCCCAACAUCUCCUCCAUCCCUCCUUCGCUCGUCCCCAACCUCACCGCUUCGGUCCCCACCGCCUGGGACGCUUUCCAGAAGUUCGGUAACUGCCAAGCCGGCGAUAAAGUCGAAGGCCUCGCCAAGCUCAAGAAAUACUUCAAUUACUUCGGUUACAUUCCCAAUUUGCCCUCCAAUUUCACCGACGACUUCGACGACGACCUCCAAUCAGCUCUCAAAACCUACCAGAAGAACUUCAAUCUCAACGUCACCGGCGAGCUAGACGAGCCCACCAUCCAGCACCUCGUCAAGCCUCGAUGCGGCAAUCCCGAUAUAGUCAACGGCACCACUACCAUGAAUUCCGGCAAACCGACGUCGUCUAACACGUCCAAUCUCCACACGGUUGCUCACUACUCUACUUUCCCGGGAACGCCGGUCUGGCCGCCGAACCGGCGCGACUUGACCUACGCAUUCUUGCCGGAGAACAAGCUUGCCGACGACGUCAAGGCAGUGUUUUUACGGGCCUUCGAGCGGUGGUCGGCAGCGACGCCGUUGAAUUUCUCCGAGACGACGUCGUUCUACACGGCGGAUAUCAAGAUUGGGUUCUUCAGGGGCGAUCACGGGGACGGAGAACCGUUCGAUGGGGUUUUGGGGACGCUGGCGCACGCGUUCUCGCCUCCGAGCGGGAGGUUCCACUUGGACCUUGACGAGGACUGGGUGAUCACGGGUGACAUUAGCACGUCGUCCGUGACGUCAGCGGUCGACCUGGAGUCGGUGGCGGUUCACGAGAUUGGGCAUCUGCUGGGGUUGGGCCACUCGUCGGUUGAGGAGGCGAUUAUGUUCCCGACAAUCUCGUCGCGGACGAAGAAAGUGGAGCUGGCGAGCGACGACGUUUUGGGGAUUCAGUCGCUGUACGGCGCCAAUCCCAGUUACAACGGUACGAGUGGUUCGUCUACGCCGUCCACUCAAGCACCGGAAACGUCCGCUGCUGGGGACCACCUCACUUCCGCUCCAAGGUUGUGGGGCCUCAGUGCCUUGCUGGCCGUUGGAUUUCUGUUAUUGUCGUUUUAG